AUGCCGCACUCGUCGCGCAGACCGCGCAAACCGUACCACCCAAAGCGGAUCGUAUCAGAAACAGAAGAUGGCUGGUCCAGAGUUGAGCACACAGCACCUACAAGAUACGGUAGCAAGCCCGUAGUGACUAGUUCGCUCCCAGCAGUCGACAGAUCGCUCACGGUGCAGAAGCUUCUGGACGAACACAGUCGAUGCAAGCAGCAAUGGAUAGAGAGCGAAGCGCGUCGAUGGCUCCAACAGCUGUUGGCAAGGCAAAUGCCUGAGGGCGGAUGGUCUUUGAACAAAGCCGUCUGUGUCGCCUUGGGCAGUCCGAGUCUGUCAUGGGCAAAUCGUGUGAGGAGUGUCUGGCAGCUGAUCAUGUUUAUGGAUCUGGUAGACAUGGUGCGACCAAAUCUCAAGCACGCCGACGUGCUCAAGCUGUAUGCUCAGGAACCACGCUUUACCUCGCUCGACAAAGACUUCCUCCAGUCCCUUGGUGUCGCCGUUCUGGAACCUCCACAGGCCGAGGAGCUAGCAGACGAGUCAGCCCUCAUCUUCAUACCUUGUCUCGAAUGGCUUCUCGAGCUGCCUUUUAUGCUGGUCGCUGUCAAGUCACAACUCUACGUCAGCUCGUCUAUGCAUUGGAUCAUCGACGAGGCCGAGCGCUCUCGUAACCGACUGUCGGCCGAUACGAAAAGCGACACCUCAAUGCUGGAACAAUGCGACAACGCCAUUGUCGCCGCGAAAGCUAUCCUCGAUACGCACCAUCAGAACAAGAUGCCAGAGGCCGAUUUCGCCGACGGCCACAGUCUUGCCUUGACCAUCUACACCUUGAAGCAUGAACAAGAAGAUUGA